AGCGCCGUCGGCCUGUCCGGACGUUUCCUGUGUUUCCGCCUUUUCAUGCUAAAGGGAAGCUUCCGUCAAUACUUGUUCUCCUUCCUCGUUCUGGGAGCCCCGGGAGGCAGGGAGGGAAGGGUUGCCUGUAGGGACCCGGGCAAAUACCCAGUGCGGGAAGACGGGACUUCCGCGUGCCCCAGGAAGUGACGUGCAGUCGCGGCCGCCGACAGGUGGAACGGCAGGUGGGUUCAGGUGCCAGCCUGGCCCGGACCCGGCUGUGGUACUGACGCUUCCGUUCCCCAUUCCCCUGCCGAGCUGGGCAGUUAGCCAGCCCACUGAAACUCUAGGAACCAUGUUUGCAGACUUGGAUUAUGACAUCGAGGAGGAUAAACUCGGAAUCCCUACUGUACCUGGGAAGGUGACCUUGCAGAAGGAUGCUCAGAACCUGAUUGGGAUCAGCAUUGGAGGAGGAGCCCAGUACUGUCCCUGCCUGUAUAUUGUCCAGGUGUUUGACAACACCCCAGCCGCGCUGGACGGCACCGUGGCAGCUGGCGAUGAGAUCACCGGGGUCAAUGGCAAGUCAAUCAAAGGAAAAACUAAGGUGGAGGUGGCCAAGAUGAUUCAGGAGGUGAAGGGGGAGGUGACUAUCCACUACAACAAGCUGCAGGCGGACCCCAAGCAGGGCAUGUCCCUGGACAUUGUGUUGAAGAAGGUGAAGCAUCGGCUGGUCGAGAACAUGAGUUCGGGGACCGCAGAUGCUCUGGGCCUGAGCCGGGCCAUCCUGUGCAAUGAUGGGCUUGUCAAGAGGCUUGAGGAGCUGGAGCGGACCGCCGAGCUGUAUAAAGGGAUGACAGAACACACCAAGAACCUCCUGCGGGCCUUUUAUGAGCUGUCGCAGACGCACCGGGCCUUUGGGGACGUGUUCUCCGUGAUUGGGGUGCGGGAGCCCCAGCCAGCAGCGAGUGAGGCCUUCGUGAAGUUUGCCGACGCCCACCGCAGCAUUGAGAAGUUUGGCAUCCGGCUGCUGAAGACCAUCAAGCCGAUGCUGACGGACCUGAACACAUACCUCAACAAAGCCAUCCCAGACACUCGCCUCACCAUCAAGAAGUACCUGGACGUGAAGUUUGAGUACCUGUCGUACUGCUUGAAGGUGAAGGAGAUGGAUGACGAGGAAUACAGCUGCAUUGCUCUAGGGGAGCCCCUGUACCGCGUGAGCACAGGCAACUACGAGUACCGCCUGAUCCUGCGCUGCCGCCAGGAGGCCCGCGCUCGCUUCUCCCAGAUGCGCAAGGAUGUGCUGGAGAAGAUGGAGCUGCUGGACCAGAAGCACGUCCAGGACAUCGUGUUCCAGCUGCAGCGCUUCGUGUCCACCAUGUCCAAGUACUACAACGACUGCUACUCAGUGCUGCGUGACGCCGACGUCUUCCCCAUCGAGGUGGACCUGGCCCACACCACGCUGGCCUACGGCCUCAGCCAGGAUGAGUUCACUGACGGCGAGGACGAGGGGGAGGAAGACGAGGAGGACACGGCAGCUGGGGAGCCGUCCAGGGAUGCGCGAGGGGCUGCCGGGCCCCUGGACAAGGGCGGAAGCUGGUGUGACUCCUGAGUGCCCCCUCGGGGUGCGGAUCUGGGGGGUAGGGCGAGUGGGAGGACGGCAGCAUGGGAGUGGGGGCAGGGCUGCCGCACAACAGGGUGGCGCGUAAAGGCCUGCUGGCUUGGGGCGCCUGCCUCCCUGCUCCUCUGUCCCAGCACAGCGGACCCGGGCGCCCGCCCAGGAGAGGCACCGGGCCGUGGCCUGGGGCCUGGACACUGGCCCCUCCACCUUCCCUCCCCACCUCCCCAGCCAACUGGAGAGCUUGGUCUCUGGACCUGCCUUAGGAAUGAGAAAGAGGGCAGAAAGGAAGAGGGGCCGGAGGUGGCAGGGAGUCCAGGAGCCGUUUCUUAUGGGCACCUCCACUGGCCCCUUGGAGACCUGCCAGGAGGGGGCCGCGGGUGGACCGCCGAGCUUGGGACCAGGGUUUCACGUGCACCCUCACCUUGCCCUAGGCUGGCCCCACCCCAGUCCACACUCACCUCCGCGGCCUUUAUUUGUUUUAUUCCCUCGCUCAGCCACUUCCCUGGGGAGGGGCUGGGCGCUGGGCCUGUACUGAAUAAACACAAACCCAGAUGGA